UCAACAUGCGCUUCGACAUACGCGGUCGAGAUCAGAACAUUUAUCCAUUGCAGGUCGUACACACGGGAAACCACCUGCACACGCUGCAAGCGUGAUUUCCGCUCUACAGCCUCCAAAACCACCACACCUGACUUUAGCAACAAGAAUGCUCUGAUCAAGCAUCUCAAUGAUGCGCACUACGCGUGCAGAUCAUGCGGAACGUGGUAUAACACGUAUGACAAAAUUGAGGCGCACGAUGCCAAGUUCCAUAAUCGCUGUGGACUGUGUGAUCGGUAUUUUGCGAAUGAGAAUAAUCUGCGCAUGCACUGCCGCAUCCACGACCCCUGCACCCUAAAAUGCCACAGCGCCUCAUGCAAAAAGCACUCUCCCUCCUUCCCAGCCAUGCUCAUUUACCUGGAAGCAGGCAACUGUCCCGGCGGCACAGACCUCCAAGUCAACACGCUGGUGGAAAUCUGCUACCAAGCGCGCAAGAACUUCACGUCGAUCAAGGAUGCGUGUCCGUUUUUCUGCCUGCGGUGUGGGCGGGAGUAUCGGUUGUUGCCGGGGUUGUUUCAGCAUGUGGAGACUACACCAGCAUGUAGGAAGUUGGUGGGGAAGGGGAGGUGUUUGGGGAAGUUGGAAGAGUUUAUUGUCAAGAAAGUGUAG